AUGCGUUACGCCUUAUUGCUUCAUCUAGCCUUAUCCGCCCCGGCAUGGGCCUCACCAGUAGUAGGAAGAGCUGAAGAGCUUGUCAGCUGCUUGAGAUCCUCCCUGUCACCUCAAGCAUCUAUCGUUUUCCCUGAUGACCCAAGCUUCGCGAAUGAUACAGUUCGGUUCUCAUCAUACCACGAACCUACAUUCAGACUCGUCUCACUGAUAGCCAAUGAGGAUGAUGCAAGAGCCUCGAUAAUCUGUGCUCAGAAGACUGAAACCGAAUUCCUAUUCACUAAACCUGGUGCGCAUGGGAUAUAUUCUGGCUUCGAUCGUUUGAAAAAUGGAUUGCAGAUCUCUACUGCGAAAUUCGACAAGAUAGAAGUUGAGGCGACUAAGAAUAUCAUGACCGUCGGGGGGGCUGUAAGGUUCAAUGAUGUAAUUAAUGAUUUAUAUGCGGUUGGAAAAAACAUUCCUGUUGGAAGUAGCCCCUGCGUGGGAAUACUCGGUGCAGCACUGGGGGGUGGUAUUGGACGACUGGAGGGAUUGUAUGGCCUCAUUGCUGAUAGCCUCCUUUCCGUACGGAUCAUGCUACCGAACACGACUGUGGUCGAGGCCUCUAAAGUUGCGAACCCUGAGCUGUUCUGGGGUAUUCGUGGUGCUGGAGUCAACUUCGGGUUCGUUUUGAAUGCUACGUUCCAAAUUUACGACUUACCACUAGGAGGCACAACCUUCAGCGCUGAUUUCGAAUUUCCUCUCGACGCCAUGAAGGACCUUUUCCAAUCCUUUAAAGAGGGGGCUGCAUCCAUGCCCCCACCACUGUGUAUAUCUACGUAUAUGACCUGGAGCGAUACUUAUAACGCGACGACGAUGAAGGUCAACGCUGCAUAUGCUGGCCCACAGAGCGACGGACGUAAGGCUAUACGGUUCUUUAGCGAUAUACCGGCCCUUCGUCAAAACUUCACGGAUGUACCAUGGAACCAGUUAUUGGAUAGUGCCUUCUUUGUCAACGGGGAUCAAAGUGCAGAGACGUGCGGAGUGGACUACGGCUCGAGGUCCUCCUCUGGCGCUGCGUUUAAUGAAUUGACCGUUGAGGCCCACGUCAGGAUGACGGAGCUGUUCAAUUAUAUGGUCACCAAGUAUCCGCAAAUGAGAGGAAGCGAUAAUAGCAUGUACCUCUGUGCUACACAGGCAGUUAGAGCUUUAUCAAAUGAUGCCACCGCGUACCCGUGGCGUCAAGCUUUGGGUCACCAAACGUGGGGGAUAGUUUACCCAGAAAACACGACUGAUGCGACGAUUGAGUAUUUACCUCAGAGGCUACGUGCUACUAUUGCUGAUAGCGCCGGCACCGAUGGCCUAGCAACGUACAUUGGCUUCUCGCGCGGAGACGAGCCGCUAGAAUCUCUAUUCUCAGCAGAACAUCUUCCCCGGCUCUCCGCAUUGAAGAAGAAAUAUGAUCCGCAAGGUCUAUUCAACGCAUAUCAUCCACUCCCAACCAGCUACCCCUGA